AUGGAUCUGAGCAAUAGAGAAGGUUACAAUAGGCUGAAAUAGGCUAUAGAGGAUAGCUAUUAGACAGUAAAGAAGGUAAAAAGAGGAAUUAGCCUUGAAGACCAGCAGAAUUAUAUUAAUUCUGUCAACUAGCAAAGUCUGCCAAUCUUUGAAAAUUAGAGGCUAAGGCAUGACCUUAGCAGUUACCUUGAUCACUAAUUCAAUCCAAGUUCCCACCAUAUUAUAGUAUAAUACAAGCAAUUCAUCAUUGGUUCCAAAUCUGAAGAUUUUUAAUAAAAACAGUAGUUUACUAAUUAAUCAAACAAUAUCCCGUAAUUCCUCAAUGCUCUAAAAAUCUCAUAAUAGCAAUAAUACGAAAUGAAUCAAACAGAAAUAUAAAAUUAGAAGGAUCCAAAGUAAAUGCUUCAAGAGUUGAAGCAAAAAUUUGACUUUCCUGUAAACCCUGCAUUCUUCCACAGUUCAGUUGUAAAAUAGCCAAAGAAGUUAGUAUCUUUAGAAGAAUUCUGUCAAGAGAAAGGCAUUCAAUUGACAAAACAUCAGUCAGUUUAGUCUACUUUGACAAAGAUAAAGAAGGAGCACAACUUUUGGAAUGAGAGAUUUAAUUAGAUCAUCAAGGGUUACAGAGAUUCUGACUUCAACUAAAAUCUAGUUUAGUUUGUAACAGACUUCAACUAUUCAGAAAUGAGUUAGGCUGAAAUGGAACUGAUUUUCAGCAAGGAAAUGAGUAUGAACACUAUUGGCAGAAUUCUAAAGUAAAAUGUUCAGAAAUUUCUAGAUGCCAAUCGAGAUAAAAAGCUGACCAAAGAAAACGAAGAAAAGAAUGCUAAAAGUCCGACUAAAACUAAGAACAAUCAAAAUUCAUUCAAGUUAAGCUAUACUUUGCUGAGCAAUACACUGACAUAAAACAAUAAUUUUGAUCUCAAGAAGGUAGAGGAAUUGUAUAACAAUAGCUUUAGCAAGAAGAAGAGCAAGAUUAGGACAACUAUAGAAUAAAAAGAUUAGAAAGGAACUAGCAGUAAUAAUAAAUACAGUUUCAAAACAUAGUUGAAGAACCACAACAAUGGCCAUAAUAUAGAUGAAAUGGAGUCUUCAGAUGAUUAUUCAUCAGAAGAUUAUGAAAAGCUUAACGAACGAGAAAAUUAACUGAGAAAUAGGCAAUAAAGUAAGCAGAACGAUAACUAGUCUAGUUAUGCAUCACAAUAGCAGCAAUAAUAAUCUUUGCUGGAUUAGCAAUCUAAUGGCACAGCGAUUCCUGGGGCAUCCAAAUUUUUUACUACAACAAUGAAGAGAAGAUUUAGAUAGUGGCUUCAAGAUAAGAGAAGAAAGCAGUUGAUAGUUGAUGAGCAUAAUAGACAAAUAGAUACAAUGAGAGGAGAACUAAAUAAAAUGAUGGGCUAAAUAGAUAGGAUCGACUAAGAUGAAAGAAAGAGGAAAGCAAUGAGAGAAUAUAAAACCAUUACAGAUAAGAAAUAGAAACAAGAUGAUAUCGAUAAGGAAAUGCUUCGAAAGAAGUUCAAGAAAUUUUUCAAUAAAAGAAAUAUAUAGAUAGCUAGACUUAUAAAUACCACAGAUAGAGUAUAAUCGAAUCAUGAAGAAAUGAGCCUGAAGCUGCAAAAGAUGCUAGACAGGGUAGAAUUAGACAGACCACUAUUGUUCAAAGAAAAGAUUGAAACCAUUUGGAAUUAUAAUGAUGACUAGUCAGGUUCAAGUUCUGUAUCACCCAGAGCACCUCUAGAUAUAUCUACUAGACUGCAUAAAGACCCCUCUAAAUGUGCCAUCGAUCACAGUUAGGUACUUCUAAGGACUCAGCUGUCUGAGAGAUCUCUUGAGGGGUAAAAUUCUAAAGAUCUGAGAUUAUAGUUAGAACAAAAGAAACUAGAGCGAAUGAAAAUUAAUUCUUAGCAAAAGGAAAGCUAUAAGAAAAUCUUAAAUAAGAUGACUUCAAAUAGAAAACGAACCUCUUAAUCAGACAUUUAACCUGAGGAGAUCAGAAUAUUAGAGUUGAUUAAAAUUGUAAUUGAUGGAGGUUGGGUUAUUGAGUCUCUAGUCUUCGAGGAAAUUAUUGAAAUGUCCUGUAUCAAUUAAAUUAUCAAUCAGUAUAAAGAGCAAACAGAGAGAUAUUUAAAGGAUGAUGGAACCUAUCAAGAGGAAUGUGAGGUUGAUCCUAGAAUUCUCUCAAUAGUAAACACUGCAUAGAUGAUUGCUCAUAACCUAGGUAUGAAAGAAGUGAUAUAUUUAAUCCCAAUGCAUCAGAAGAAUUGA